AUGUCACCAAUGUCUUGUUCUUCUUCUUCCUUGUCGUCAGAGUCAUCUUCGACUUCUUCUUCUUCUUCCUCUUGUCAACAAGAAGAGAGUAGAGUUGGCAAGGCAAGAGGACAAGGCUCUGGAGAUCAGACAUCUGGUCCAUCAUCUUUGGUUACUUCACCAACCUCAUCUCCCCCUCUACCUCAAUCCUCAGUCAAUGAUGAUGAACAAAUGAAUGAUUUAAUCAUGAUGGAUAAAAAGGAGGAGCAAGAGGAAGGGGAUUCUUCAUCAUCAACCUCCAACACUCCACCUACCAUUACUAUAACCUUACCAUCAUCAUCAACUACUGUUGUAGAUCAAGAACUACAAAAUCAAACACCUCCAACUCUUUUAUCACCAUUUAAUGUACCAUCCCCUUCGAAUUCAUCCUCCUCAUCCUCUUCUUCAUCUUCUUCCUCUUCAAUGACAUCUACGCCACAAUCAUUAUCACCUCCUUUAACAUUUUCAACUACUUUGAACAACAACAACAACAUUAACAUUAACAAUACGACUGACGAUUCCAACAACAACACCAACAAUAAUACUGUACAUAACUCUACUACUACUACUACUACCACUAUACCAUCAAACACUACCACCACGACAACAUUAUCAAUCAAUUGUAUGAUUGGACAAACUCUAUCACCUUCAUCGUCAGUCACCACACCCACUUCAUCGUCAGCGUCUACAUCUCCCUGCUCGAUAGUACCAAACUUUAUAUCACUAUCUUCGUCUGGUCCAUCCAUUCAACUGUUUAACAGUCUAUGUGGAACCGUCUCCACCAGCAAUAUCAACAGCAAUAACAGUGGUAUUAACAACUUUGGAGGCAAUGGGAUCACACGCCCCAAAUAUAUAAAAUUGCACAUUGUAUCACAAGAGUAUAGAUUCACCGUCAAUGUACCAUGGACCAUCAAGAUUUCAGAUCUCAAGCGAAAGCUUGCCUGCGAAUUCAAAGGUCUCUUUAUACCAACUGGCAUCACAACAUCUACUCCUAUUACCAUACUCAACAACCCCCUCUCCCCGAAUCACUUUGAAUCUAGUCGAUUGCAAGAUCAAUUUGGGAACGAUCUCUCUGUUUGUCAAAGCGUUGGCGAAUUGUUGGCCGACAAUGAUGUUGUUGUUGCCAAUACUCCCAAACUACUCCUCUACAAUAUAUUUCCAACUUUAUCAUCUUUAAUUGAUGAUGAUGAUACAAGAUUAAAGAAAAAAAUUAAAACAGAUGAUAAUUCUUCUUGUUCUUCUUCUUUAAUUACACCACCAGCAACUCCAUUUUCAGACACACCAUUAUUUUCUUCACCACCUCUAACACCUGCUUCACCAUCAUCUGUAAAUCAACAUCUUCUUAAUUUGUCGUCGUCUGCAACCACUCUGACCAUUCCAACCAUUCCUACUACUAUUACUACCACUGCGGCGACGACCAACAACAUCUCAUCACCAACCAAACAAAACAAAAAUGGUGAGCCUAUGAGAUACCAGUGCCAUCCAUACUGUGAAUUGGCUGACCCAUUGGAUCGUGCCAGUGAAUGUCCAAAAUGCCAUGAAAUGAGACCUCAUCCGCUCGUCAUGGAAUUAAACGAAACCACCCAAUCCAACAUCUGCACAAAGUGGUGUAUCUCUAACCAACAACGAAAGAUCAAGGUCAUCAACUAUGAGUUUUGUUCCAUCUGUGUCUCGAGACACCGAACUCAAAAAUAUCCAGUCAAGCAACAACACCAAUGUGCAACUUGUCAAAGACCUUGGAUGAUCAUUGUUCAAGAUGGUAAAUGUAGAAGAUGUGUAAAAGAUUUUGAAAGAAAACAAGCUCAACAAUCAAAAUUAUUUCAACAACAAAUGCAACAACAACAACAACAACAACAAGCAGCACAAUUACAACAACAACAAAUUCAACAACAAUUACAACAACAACAAUUAUUACAACAACAACAACAAAUUCAACAACAACAACAAUUACAAUUACAAAAUACUAACAAUAAUAAUAAUAAUUUAUUACCAAUCACUUCACCAACCACUACAACAGCUCCAACUACACCAAUUCUAACAUCACAACCUCUUUCUUCGACAUUAACUUUAACACAGUCUAGUACAGGACUGGCAAAUCCAUUGGAUUUUGCACAAAAGUUGGCCGACCAACGCAAUGCAUUAUUAAACUCUACAAAUGCACAACUACUACCAAAUUAA